CACAGCAAGUCCCCAGUGGACCUCAUUCAAGCUCUGGUAUCUGACGCUCAUCAAGAGAGAAUUUUGUCAAACUACGCAAUGAAGAUGCAUCAGUUUCUACCUCUCAUCCUGUUCUCCUGUCUCACAAUGAGUGUGGCAAAUCGCGUAUACGUUCAUCCCUUUUACCUCUUUAGCCAUAAAAAUAUCAGCUGUGAAGUCAUCCAAACUGAGGAUCCUAAACCCCUGGAAACCAUCUCACUGACUCCUCUCCAGGACGGCACUGAACCAGACCCUCGGCCCAAUACAGCCACCGAGGAGUUGCAGAACAUCACACAGAGGACUGCUGUUCUUGCAGAGUUACAGAACUUUCUUGGCCUACGGAUGUAUGAGAAGCUUAGUGGCAAGCAGCAGGAUGCCAACAUACUGUUUUCACCCUACAAUGCCUUUGGUACUUUGGUGACGCUUUAUCUUGGAGCCUCCAAGAACACCGCUGUAUCCUACCAGAAGCUUCUAGGGCUGAACAGAGAUUCUGGGAGGCCAGACUGUGUGUACCUCAUUGAUGGAUACACAGUACUACGCACACUCCAGGCCAUCAACUCUCUCAUUGACGGACCGAGAGAUGAGUUGACCACCCUCGUAUGGACCUUUGUGAGUAGUGAUGCUGACCUGUCCAAAAAAUUUGUGCGAGGAACACAAGAGUUCUCUGAUUCCUCCUAUACCCGGGCUGUUGACUUCGCUCAGCCUGAGGACGCUGAAGCACAGGUCAAUUCCUUUAUCCAAAGGACAUCGGACAGCAAGCCCACGCAACUGUUCAAGGACAUCAGUAAAACCACCAACCUUUUGUUUGCUAGUUCAGUGCAUUUCAAAGGUAAUUGGAGGACUGCCUUCCAGCCUGAGGCAACUUCCAUGCAGGAGUUUAAAACUGAUGAAAAGUCCACAGUGAAGGUUCCUAUGAUGACUCACACAGGACACUAUAUGUAUCUGGAUGACGAAGGCAGAAAGUGCACUGUAGUUAAACUUGGCCUGAGCAAACGGACCUACAUGCUGUUGGUGCUGCCUCAUGAGGGAGCAAGCUUGCAAGACAUUGAGAAGCAACAGUUGACUGCUGAGGUCAUUUCAAAAUGGUACCAGCAUCUUAAGGAGAGAUACCUGGAACUGUCUCUACCCAAAUUCUCACUGACUGCUGUGACUGACUUGAAAGCUGUGCUUUCUGAUUUGCUUGUCGAGUCAUAUUUGCUUGGCUCAGAUGCUGACUUCCAGGAACUCAGCAGUAAAGAAAACUUCACAGUUGAUAAGGUGCUCAACAAAGUGGUGUUCGAGAUGUCAGAAGAGGGAUCUGAGGCCCAAAACAAGACCCAGGAAGCAGGAGUUCCACUAAAAGUCACCGUGGACAAGCCUUUCUUUUUUGCCAUUGUGGAAGGCAACUCCAAUGCCAUAUUAAUGUUAGGAAAAAUCAUCAACCCAACUCUUUAAGAAAUCCAUCUAAAUCUUUCAGAAAUGUUUCGGUAUGUCAGCGCCUGUGAUAAGAAUGAAUGACGUUCAUCAGACGUAACACAGCAUUAACAGCACAAUUUAUCUUCUGUUCAAACAAGCGAAUAUGUAUGCCAUCAGGUGACAAAACAGUGGCAUUUCCAAUGGCGGCAGUUGAGAUGGUGUAUCUGAUGUCAUACAUUUUUCAGGUUUCAGUGCAUUCAUUCCACAACUCCUUUUAUGAUUUUUUUUUACUAGGAAUCAAGUAUUGUAUACAUGAGGCAUGUGUUUGUGUCUAGAGGUAAGAUAUUACCGGAUCCAUCUUGACUAUGUAGGCGUGUUGUAAUAAGACAUGUUUUUAGUGUCAGGAUAUAGGAGCAAACAGAGUAAGUUACCAGUCAUUUGUUUUGCUCCUUCCCUGCAGGUUGUACAUGCAUUGCUGUAGUAUUAAUGUCUCAACGCAGUUUCUAAAUGUCCUUAGAAAAGAGUUGUUGCAAAGUCCUAAACUUGUAUAUUUUUAUUGUAGUUACAUCUUCUUUUUGUAAAAAAAAACAUUCAUUAUUAGCAGCACAGAAUUAUUUGAAUAAAACUUCUUUCAUCACA